AUGUUCCCAGCCCUUUGCAGCUGUAGGAUUCAGAGAAGAACACCCAAGGGGCUGCAUCUGGCCCUCAGCCCGGAACCUGGGGGCCUCCCGGCAGCACUAGCCUACUCCUGUGCACUGCCCCCAGCCCUGCCGGGGAACCCUGGUACCGGCCCCCGCUGCAAACAUCGCGCCGUCACCCUGGCCCCUUCCAAAAGGCAGCAGCGGGCCCUGGCUGCUCUCCCAGUCCUCUGUGUGCUCCCCUACCUGGGGCCUCUGGUGGUCAGGGCGCUGGUGCCUGCCCUCCUCUCCCAGCUGCUGGCGGCAGAGGCCGGCACAGUGCCCAAGAAGGGGGACAGCGCGGGCUGGGAGAGCGUGGAAUGGCAGAUUCUGGGAGAGCUGCGCACGCUGGCAGACGAAGAGGAGGAGGAGAAAGAGGGGGUCGAGGCCACCUGCCGCCUGGGGCCUGACUUUUCUGGGAUGGAUUCCGAGGAGCUGCGGCUGGUCUCCUUCCAUCACGACUGGCCGCUGUCCUCCUCGGUCCAUCCUGCACAGUUGACCGAAGCCAGCUUCUUCCACAUGAGCCCUCAGGACAAGGUGAGGUGCUUCUUCUGCUGUGGGGGCCUGCAGAGCUGGGAGCGUGGGGAUGACCCCUGGACGGAGCACGCCAAGUGGUUUCCCAGGUGUGAAUUCUUGCUCCAGUCAAAAGGAACGGGCUUUGUCCGCAGUGUCCAGGACUCGUACUCCUACCUGCUCGGGUCCUGGGACCCAUUGGAAGAAUCAGGAGACGCCGUCCCCACAGCUCCUGUCCACUGGGGGCCCGAUCCGCCUACACUCAGAAGGGACAGCCACCUUGAGGGCACUGAGGACUCAGGAGUCGAGAGCAUCGAGGAGCAGGUGCGGCGCCUGAGAUGCGAGCGCGUCUGCAAAGUGUGCCUGGACCGCGCGGUGGACGUGGUCUGUGUGCCCUGCGAUCACCCGGUCUGCGCUGAAUGCGCCCCCAACCUGAGCUUGUGCCCUGUCUGCCUGGCGCCCGUCCGCAGCUGCAUCCGCACCUUCCUGUCCUAG